UCUUAUCUCAUAUUCCAUAAAUGGCCGUAUAUUACUUGAAUAAUGCUGCAUACACAAUUGCUAUCAUUAUUUUCCAAUGCUUGUCAUACAUCAAUAAAGGAAGUUAUUUCCAAUUUGCGUUAUUAACCUAACGUGCAGAUGCAAUUGGAUGCAAAUUAUAUAGAAGUUAUGUGGAUUUAAAUAGUUUUAUAAUGCAACUGCAUAAGUAAAAUUAUAAAAUUGCGUUAAUUAAUUCUCAUUUUAACACCACCCGAAUCCUGAUUUUUGUUGAAUUUGAAGGAAAUUAAAGAUAAUUUAAAAUUAAAGGUUAUUUUGAGAUUCCUCAUGCUGUUAAUCUGAAAUACAUCUCAUCUUGGAGUUAUUCUGCAAAAACAAUCAUGGGGAUAUUCUGCAAUAAAUAAUGAAGUUAUUCUGUAAUCAAAGCAAUUCAUGAUAUAUCGGCUUUCACAGGAAAAUCCGCAGGAUAUUUUAAGCGAAUUUUAAGUUUGAUAUUUCCUAUUUUUUCAACUAAAUGUUUUAUUUUCUGUAUCAUGUGUUUAGUUCUUAAGGUCUAAAGAAUGUUAAUGUUAUGCGAUUACAUAUCAUAAUGAUUAAUUUUCAAUCUUCUCCUUUAUCAGGUGAAUUGCAACUAAGUGGAAUGCGAUUGCACUUGAUUUUAAACACUAUCAGUUCUAUAACAUACAAUCCAGUCUCGCUCUGGGAAAACGGUGCUUAAUGCAUCCCUAAGUUAAGUGUCGUCCCUGAUCAGGCAGUGCAGUCCACUUUUGUGUAUUUUCUUUGUUUAUAGGAAGUCUCGAAAGGCGGAAUGUUUCGUCCCUGAUCAGCCUAAGCGCGAUAAGCCCUGUUUUCCUAGAGCGAGGCUUAUAUCUACUCAUCAAUGAAUCACACCACAGCCACAGAAGAACCUACUAUACACGCGUUUUUCGAUGAGAGCAUGUCGCGGUCUUGCGCAGUGGUUUUAUUUUAAGAGGCUUGCGGAUUAUAUCGACGUCACGUGUUAUGCCCCACUGAAAAUAUUACUUCUACUUCGAGUUGAACUGACGGCAGAUAGAGCCGGCGCUUUAUUGUGUUAUGAAACGCUUAAUUAUUUAAUGAAAGUUGUUUACACAAUAUCUUUUUAAAAAAUGAAUAUAUCUAAAUGACUUAACCGUGGACGUAAGUGGUUUAUAACAGCGAGAUUAUUAAACCUGGAAAAUUCCAUUCUCGUACGUUAGUUCGCUUCAUUGAUACGACCAGGACUGUCUGUACCCGUAUGACGAUACACCGUUCACAUUCAGUGUUUCAUAAACAUAGUCCAGUUAUGAACAGGGAGGAUAACAGUCUCUUAGGCUUUUGAUUAUUCAGCUUUGAAAAUGGCAGAAGGAGGCGUGGUAUAUACGCGGUCAGAGACUGGAAGCGAUCAUAGACACAGCGGCCUGUACAGCCGUCACUCUCGAGUAUGUCAACGACUGACAGCGUUCCCAGUCGCAGCAGCGGCCAUAGCUGUCAUUCUCAGAAUUAUGUGGAAAGUGUGUCCGUGGAGAUCUGUACUAUAAUGACCCGGCUGGGAUACGGCGAGGAGAUCAGACGGUGGCGAGUUGAGAAAUAUAGGGGGUUGGAUAGGCUGAGGAAUAAACGAUCGACUGAUGUUAUUUCAAUCACAGCAGGUAGCAAGGCAGAGGGACUGACCGGCUAUUUUGAAAGUGAUAAGGACACUUUAUAUAUACUGAAACAUGUACUCUGUGUGGAAGCUGGUACCAAUCUUGACACUAUACCAGAUGACAUAGACGUAUUUAGGAUGGAUACACGUGAAUAUCCAGGACACUGUAUACUUUUACAAGAGAGACCAGCUACUAUUCCUUCUGCACAAAUUUACAAUUCUCUUUGUCAUAAUGGAUAUGGAGAAGUUCUGUUAAGCAGUCGUUUAUUUCAAGAUUAUAUGUAUAUAUGUCAAGAUUUAUAUAUGCCUCCAUUACUUAGUCGUUAUGCUGAACCAACCGGGCCGUCGAGACCUGUUGUAGGAUUAGACAUUAUAUAUGAUGACAUUGUAGACGCAAUACCCUGUCAUUGCCCCAGCAUCCUCCAACGAUGGGCUGCCAGACCCCGACAUUGGCCGUCACCAGUCAUAGUUCAGAAAGUCGUUUCAUUUGGAGCUUGUGUAACCCCGGUAGGACACAAGGGAAGUGAUAACAAGCACAUUGAAUGGCGGAUUUGUUUCAACAUCGGGGAGACAGAGCUAGUGAACAAUCUUAAUGGAACACAAGCUAAAGUCUAUGUUAUUCUUAAAAUGAUCCUCAAAGAUUUACUGAAACCAACUAAAAAAGAAAUAACAUCGUACGUGUUGAAAAACAUAAUAUUAUGGCAAGCUGAAAACACACAACCGACAGAGUUUUAUGAACGUAGCUUACUUCACUGGCUGUAUGACGGUCUGAGACAGCUUAGGACUGCAAUUGACAAAAAACAUCUUUGCUACUACAUGAUUCCAGAGAGAAAUUUAAUGGCAGCCUGUGGGUUGGAGGAUGCGCUGCAGAGAAAAUGGGUAGCAGAUAUCACGGACAUGAUGGACGAAGGCCCCAGGGUAAUACUUAGAUUAGAGAAGAUACGGAAGGCCAUUGUUGCGUCACCGGAGCCGAUGUUGUGGUUUAGCCAGAAAAGGAUGGAGGUGGAGAUGCUGUAUCUGGAGUUACAAAAUAGACUUACGCAAAUAACCAAUGAGAAUGGGGACUUAGAUCUUGGAUAUUUGGCUUUGGAGUUUUAUAGUUGCCUCAACGUGAGUGACGUGUUGGGACGAAUUCGUCAGGAGGGCAAUCCUGCAAUUGGUCCGAUAGAUGUUUUAAUACGACUGCUAAUGUAAUAAUGCAAUGAAAAUACUUAAAUUACAUGUGUAUCAUAGCUGUAAUAAUUGUAAUAUGGUAUCUUUAAAAAAUGCAUAAAGGGACACAUCGACGGCUUAUAUUUAAAAAAUAUAACAUCGUGUUUGCACUAUUUAUUAAAUAGAUGCUUAACUCAUAGUUCUGAUAUUUUAAACUCUCAUUAAAGUUCCUUUUUUUAUAUUAACGAUUGCCCUGAACACUUUUGAAACGUGCGCGAGAACAUGAGUAGUAUAGAGUUUUUCUGACUAUUUCGUGUUUAUGUACUUAAAAUAUUGCACUUGACCUCUACACAAGUUUAUUAUUGGUUAUUGUUCGAGUUACACGUAGGGCACAUAUGUUACAUAUACGUAUUCAUUUUGUUUGUACUAGACUUUUGUAUCUACAUUCGUUGUGUACAUCAUGUGCAUAUAUUGCAAAACGAGAUCAGUUAAAUCUAUCUUUGAAACACGAUAUAAAAAUAAUAUGCAUUAUUCUAUAUCCAAUAAAUUCAUCCAAUCGGCAUUCUUCAUAUGUACCACGUGACCGUCCAAUAUAUUCCGGUAUUGGAUCCAAAAAGUCUGUACUUUUACCAUAUUGGACAGUUAAUUACAAGUGCACUAAGCAAUUGUUUUAUAAUGACAGAAGCCGUUACCGAGAAAAAGUAUUCGAAUGUACAAUAAUCGAUUCACACAAGCGCUUGUCUUGAAUAUAGAUGCAAUUAAAGGAUUUUAAAAUGAAACAAAGAGUUGAAUAAAGAGAUAUAGAAUAAAAAGCUUAUUAGACGUUUAAACUUUACAAUACGUGAUAUAUUUGGACUCGCACACAGUUUGAAGUCAUAUUGGACUCGCCUAACGGCUCGUCCAAUAUGACGUCAAACUGUAUGUUUGUCCAAAUAUAUCUCCCUAUUUUACAGUGAAACGUCUAAUAACCUAUAAAUAUUAAAGGCUGUAUCGUUGGGCUGGCUACAGAUUUAUGGUAAAGUAUUUGCAAAUUGAAUGAUGCAAUUACUUUAUUUGCUUAAAAGUAUAAAGAUCCACCCACCAAAUUCAAAAAAGUCGUGGGUGAAACGCUUAGGAACAUAAAUUCAGAUUGCCUAAGUAUUCUUUAAUGUGUAGCACAGCAGAAUAUGGUUGGCUGAUCGUUAUACCUAAUUUCAAAACGAGUUUACGUGAUCAGGUGAGCGGAAUAAAAUAGUAUUGUUACGACGUAUAAAAAUGUUUACAAAAAAAAAUAUUAGUCUGGACAUGUGAUACAUUUUCAUGCAGAUAUGUGAUAUUAAUUUAAAAUAAAUAACACUAAAUAAAAUAUCAUUAAACUAAUCAUAAAUAAGCUCAGUUGAAUUAUCCUAAGAGAUAUUAAAUUAUUAUAACCCUCUGAUUAUACUCCUUUUAUU